UGUCUUGCACAAUCUUACUCAUUAUCAGUCCUAACUAUUAUGGUGUUUAUAACAAAACCCCAUGAAGAAGCAUGUGUUCACUAUUACAUUUUUGUUUUCAAAUGUGAUUUUGGGGGAAGGAUACCACCUCAAUCUGUGAUUUUGUCAAGGUGUUAACAAACAUUGUGGCACAUUGGCUCAUCACAUGAUUCCUUUACCUUGACACAUAGCAGUGUAAGAAACAGACUGAAUGCACUAUUUAUGGUUAAACAUGGGCGUGUACAGGGCGGGAUAUGAAGCUGAUUCAUGUACGCACAUCUUGCAGGUAAUCUGUGAUUUAUAAAGGGAACAAUGCUUACAGGUGUGCCUACACACGGUUUUAUAAGUAAAUUUUUUUUUUUGACGUACACCAUUUUUUGCUUUUGGGCGCAUGUUAACUUUUAGUAAGGAUCCUACACAGUUUUAUAAAUGAGACCCUCAGCUAGUAGUAGGUGAUCCAGCCUAUCCACUACUGCCUUGGCUCAUCAAAGGUUAUUCUUGACCUAAUUGGUCAGAAGAACACAAAACAUUUAACUCUUACUUGAAUGGAUGUAGAGUUAAGGUGGAGCACACGAUCGAGUACCUGAACGGAAGGUGAAGCAUCCUAGCCAAACGGUUAGACAUUAAACUUUUCUUUAUGCUUUCCUUUGAUUUAAGUUUGUUUAAUAUGAUGUCAAAAUUGCAAAUAAAAUCUUAUUCACAAAAUACACGAUUUGUCUCUAUUUCCUCCUCCUGGUGUGUGUUUUCUACACUCUAAACUAUAGUCUAACUUUAUAAAAGACUGAUAACCACAACAGCAGUGUCCUUGUGGUUUUCAUUGUAUGACAAUAUGCAAAAAACAUACAACAGACAAAGUUUGCAUUGAAGAUGAAAUAUGGUCUAUGAAAAUUAAUAUUUAUAACAAUAAAAACAUUGAGUGUGAUGCCCAGAGCUGUGAAUAAACAAAGUGGUUUAAGCAAAUUGAAUUAUUAUAUAAAACCCCUUCGCAUUCCUGUUUCAUGAGAAACAAUUCAUUUUAAAUCAUGUUUCUAAGUCGCAUUUACACUUUCCUUGUGGCCUUUACUACUUCUAUCUUUUUCGAAGUUUCUUGUUCAUCAUCUGAGUUCAGUUUAGAUGGAGAUUACUUAUUGGGUGGACUUUUUCCAGUACAUGAAGCUGAACAUGCAGCACCCCUGUUCUCCCCGGAGGCCAUUGAAUGUUUUAGGUAAGCAAAAAAAUAUUUUAUUUAUCAGAUUUAUUUAACAAGCUUAUUAUCUAAAUGAAUGUUACACCUUUAAAGCUGGCGUUUUUUAAAGUAAUGUUUCUGAGACCACAUUUAACUGCAGUUAUCUACAUUACAAAUAUUUUCUACUAUAGGCAAACUUUCUCAGACCCAGGCUAUCAGAUGUUUCAAGUCAUGAGGUUUGCUGUUGAGGAGAUUAAUAACUCAAGCACCCUGCUGCCCAAUGUCUCUCUGGGUUAUGAAGUUUUUGAUUAUUGUUCUGACACUAAGAAUUUCCCUUCAGUCUUCAGUUUUAUCUCACAGAACGGCUCAAUAAAUCCUCAAGAAAAACUCAACAGCCAUCAGACUAAAGUCAUUGCUUCAACAGGACCUUAUGGAAACACAAGAACGAUUAAUAUUGCACCACUGAUCACAAUGGACCUUAUACCACUGGUUAAUUAUGGAGCUACCAGCUAUACAUUGAGUGAUAAACUUCAGUAUCCAUCUUUUAUAAGAACAAUCCCUAGCAACAAAGACUUGAUACAGAUGAUUAUUCACAUCAUCCGGUGGUUUGGAUGGAACUGGAUUGCUUUUCUUGGAGAUCCAGACAGUGAAGAAGGCCUUCAACUGUUUAACAAUUAUAUCAGAAAUACUGGCAUUUGUUUGGCUUAUCAAGAGAUUCUUAGUCAAAGUGCAAACUACAGUCUAACUCUUAAAAAAAUUGAUAAGCUCAACAUUAAUGUCAUUGUGGUUUUCACUGUGUCACAAUAUGCAAAAAAUAUAAUCAAAACAGCCAUAACAAAGAACAUCCGAGACAAAGUUUGGAUUGCAGAUGAAACAUGGUCCAUGAAUCAGCAGCUUCUUAAAGAGCCAGGAAUUGAGAAAAUUGGAACAAUUAUUGGCAUUACAGAGAGAUUUUUGUCAUUGCCAGGAUUUAAUGAAUUCAUUUAUAAAACCAAAGAAACAACUGAGGUUUAUCCUAAUGAUAACACUGAGAGUGAAAUCCACACAAAGACAUGUAAUCAAGAAUGUGACAACUGCUCAUUGGUGACUGCAGAGGAAAUUAUAAAUGAAGAUCCCACAUUCUCUAUUUCCAUCUACGCUGCCAUAUACACCAUAGCUCAUGCAUUACAUAAAGUUCUGCACUGCAACAUAACCCAAUGCAACAAAAAUACAACAGUUAAGCCGUACAUGCUUCUAGGAGAAAUUAAGAAAUUGGAUUUUCCGCUCAAUGGCCGUCAGGUGAAAUAUGAUGAUAAUGGUGAUCCAGCUGUCAGUUACGCUGUUGUGAUCUGGAACACUGAAACAAAUCCUCCAUCGAUUGAGAUGGUUGGCACUUAUGACACGUAUCCAAAAUUUAAUUUUACCAUCGACAACUCACUCAUGUCCUGGCGUAACAAUACUUCUGUUCCUUUCUCAAACUGCUCUGUUGAGUGUAAGGAGGGAUUUUCAAGAGAACAAGUGGGAUAUCAUCAUUGCUGCUUUCUGUGUAAAAAAUGUCCACAAAACAGCUAUGUGAAUUAUUCUCGUAAGUACAUUAACUAG